UCAGCUCAAGCAGUUGCAGAAACGGUUCAGAGUUUAGAGAGCGAGAACCUCAGUAGCUUACAUACAUACAUACAUACACAUACACACACACACACACACUCAGAUACCUGAUCAGACAGGACGACAAAAAUGUAAUGGUCUGACGCAAACGAUUUUUUUUUUCUUCGGAAGGGGUCUUUCAUCAGUGUCUCGGGGGAGGGAGCCGCCGUGGAGAGAGAGCAGCUUCGGUCGGGGAAGGCAGUGUGUGUGUGUGAGGGGGCCUGGCCGUUCGGCUGUCACUCAUUGUGCGUGGUUGCGCGGUUUUCCACGCAGCUCGCGCUUCUGCUGAAUUAUUCAUGAGAAUGAGUGACGUUUUUAUGCAGAUUAGCUGUUCUAUUUCCAAUACGCGGGAGGCGGAGCCACGCACGGCACGUAAAGAGGGGGAGUGCGAGGUUGGAGAACUCUCACACCGCUCACAGAGCUUGGCCUGUUAGAUAGUUUGGCUCUGCACCUUAUAUCUGUCUAGGCGUGAGAGCAGCUUGAGGAGAGGCUGACAGUCAGAGAGAGAGAAUGAUGCAAAAGUAACAGGUUUGGAGGGAAGUGUUUCAUAUGGCUGGCUCCCUGUUAUCUUUUAAAUAGUGCACUACUUCUGACUAGAGCCCUAUGUGUGGCAGCUUGACUCAGUUCAAAAGUAGUGCACAACAACGGGAAUAUGGUGUCAUUUGAGAUACUGCCUUAGAUCAGCUGUUUUUUUAAUCUGGUGUGUAAAUGACCCCUAACUCCUCCCACUUCCUGUCUGUAGAUCGAUGCCAUUGGCCGAGGCGCCCGCAGUGUCUCCCACAGGAAAAAGAUGAUCAGGAUGUCAUUGGACAAAGAGACUGUUCUACCGCGUGAUGGGCGGGGCGACGCUGCUGUCCCAGAAGGCCCUGCGUCAGGAGGAGGGGGGGGAGUGGACAGGGUGGGUGGGGUAAUGAUGUCCCCUCCCCCUCCCUGUCUGGGACCAACCGGAUUCACCGGAAGUUUGGUUCUAACGGAACAUCCCCACGGCCCCAAAACAAGAAGUACACACCCCCUAAAGACCAAAAACGGCCUUCAGCCCCUCCACAACAACCCCCAGGUCUUCCCUCCAGGACAGCAGCAGCGAAUGGGGAAGCGGCGCUACUCCCUGGGCGGCAGCUUCAAGCACCCGGGCUUCGGGAAGCGCCGUCGCCGCGCCAACAGUGACAGUCAAUCAGACCCCGUCCUUCCCUCCAACUUCCUGUUGGGCGGGAACAUUUUCGACCCGCUGAACCUCAAUUCUCUAAUGGAUGAGGAGGUGAGCCGCACACUGAACGCCGAGACGCCCAAGUCCUCGCCCCUACCGGCCCGGGCCAGAGACCCUGUAGAGAUCCUGGUACCGCGUGACAUCACAGACCCCCUGAACCUGAAGAGUGGGGGAGGAGAGGAGGGGGGAGGGGUGCUGGUCUCCCCCAUGAAAAACAGGAAGAGACACCGCAACCGUCACCACGGAGGAGGAGGAGGAGGGGUGGCGCAGCCUGAACCUCCCACACAGGCUGAGGGGUCAAAGGUAGAAGCUGGGGGAGAUUCGGGGACAGGAGGUGAGGUGUUGGCUCUGUUCCCUGCCAGCGUCAGCGUUACUGGUGAGCUAGCUGCAGUACCGGAGGCUCCCGGAGAGGGCCUCUCUGGAAGCACAGUACCACAGUCUCCUCUGCCCUACGAACUCAACACCACCAUCAACUGUCGGGAUGAGGUAGUUCCGCCCAUUCUGCCCCGGAGACACACCCACCCGCCACUUGGCUCCACCUCUAAACCCCGUCCACAUGGCGACGGAGGCCAUCGGCAGCGUAAACGGCGGCGUACCACCUCAACGAGAUCUGACCAUUCGUCGGUUACUCCGACCCCCGCCCUCACCACUGCCCCACCCAACACCUUCCACACCCCCCUGGUGCCAGGAUCAGGCCUCAGAGUUCAGAGGUCAGGGUCAGUGGUGGGAGGUCAGCAACAGCCCCAGAGUUCCUUCCGCCACAAACCCCAGAAGAAGAAAAACAGGUUCCAGCACGGCAACUACAGCCGUUAUUACGGCUACCACGGUUACUACGGUUACCGUGAUGGGCAGGUGGGGCGGUUUGAGGACCCUCGUCUGGGCCUGCUUCGACCCGAUUGGUUCAGAGGGAAGACAGUGCUGGACAUUGGCUGCAGCACCGGUCAUCUGACCCUGGCCAUCGCACGCCACUUUAACCCGGCCCACAUCCUAGGUAUUGAUGUGGACGGGCGGCUGGUGCACGCCGCUAGGCAGAACAUUCGCCACUUCCUGUCCGAACGACUCACACAGGAUGCCAGGGGUAGGGAGGAGGGGGAGAGAGGGGGACAAAGCAAACAGAAAGCAGAGACAGCUGAGCAGAGUGAAGGAAGAACACAGAGCGGAACUAAGAUGGCGUCCGGUACGGCUGAGAAGAAGAUGGAGGAGGAGGAGGGCCAGAACGAGGAGUGUAGCGUUCUAGAGGAACUGAAGAGAACCCUGACGUUGCUGUCACCCUCGAGUGGCCCCCGGGGUGUAGGUCGCCCUCUCCCUCCGUUCCCCCUCUCCUUCAGGGUGUGUCGGGGUCCCAUGGCUGCUCCCCCCCUCUUCCCCCCCUCCACCCUGGCCCACGGAACACCUGGAACAUUCCCCAACAACGUCUCCUUCAUAACGGGUGAUUACAUGGAGGACCGAGAACUAUGUCCCCAUGGUGACGACGUCACCGCAGGAUAUGAUGUCAUCCUGUGUCUGGGCGUGACCAAGUGGGUCCAACUGCACGGUGGCGACGGGGGAGUGGUCAGAAUGUUCAGACAGAUCUAUACACACCUACGACCAGGUGGCAUUCUCCUCCUGGAACCACAACCCUGGAGCUCCUACUGCCGCAGCAAGAACAUCACGGAGACGACGUACAGGAACUACUGCGAUAUCAGACUGAGACCUGACAACUUCUGUUGUUACCUCACCUCUACUGUGGGCUUCACCUGUUACAGACUACUGACUGAUACAGGAUUCCAGAGGCCAAUCUACCUGUUCCACAAAGGCCCCGCCCCCAGGAAGUGACUGGGUCAAGAUAUGACACGUGAAGCACCGCAGGAAGUGGACCGCUGCCGAGAGCGCUGCCUGGCUCCAUGGAAACAACCGCCCAGCUGGUAUGAUUGGUGGACGCUCACCACUACCUGAACUCUGGUGAAACGCUCAAACCGUGAUUGGAUGAGAGGAGCUUCUAAUGACUCAUAACUGAUUGAUCAGUCAGGCAGACUGACAAAACUAUUAAUCAAUGAUUAGUUAGUCAGCCAGACUGACUGAACAAACUAUUAACAGACUGAACUAGAGACUUGUAAACCACACAGUUCACUGGCCAGGGGACCCUCCUAUCUCUCUCCCCUCAGUCAACUGUCUACUGAGACGUGGCGUCCUGGUUGAGCCCUCUGCAGAGCCAGUUUCACCCUCUCUGAUUCAACCCCACUGAAUGAACAGGGAGCCUGGAGGAGGAAGUAGAAACUAGAACCACAAGGAGCCAAGCGGGGCCUGAGUGUGUGUCUGCCAGUUCUUCUCCAGUGUGUGUACGCGGAGGCAGUUUAUUAUAUAUAUGUGUGUGUGUUUCUGUGUGUAUGAGGGAGGUUGUAAUUGUGUGUGUGUGUGUGUGUGUGUGUUUCUGUGUGUAUGAGGGAGGUUGUAAUUGUGUGUGUGUGUGUGUGUGUCAUUAACAAGCUGAUGUUUCUUUAUAAAAGUGUUCUUCCUAGUGUGUGUUCUGAGAGGUGGGACUUCCUCCCUGCCUAAUGAGGUCAUUUCCUUCCAGACUCAUCCAUGUUUUAAACAGUAACCUGCUACAAUAAACUGUCUUCUUCUGA